ACUAUGUCAUCUACGAGUAAAUUCCACCGUCCCAUGUCUGCCCUGGGUCGAUUUGUACCCUUCAAGGCCCCAUCGCUCUUCCAACUCCGGCAAAUUUCUUUCGGGUUUCCUCAACAGUACAAGCAGCCAGUGUCUAAGAACUUCCGACGUCCCUUCUAUUUACUGAGGCACCAUUGGGAACUCUCUCCGUUGCUCGCGUGUUUAGUCUUCGAUGUGUUCCUAAUAAGUGCAGCUGUUUAUAACAGCUUAGCAAACAAGGUGGACAUCCAGCUCACAGAGCAUAAGUGGAACUCGAUCUCCCGCCAUAUGAACUUGCGCGAGCCAACCGUGCACAAGCUUCUCGUUUUCAACCAGGAGUAUAAACCCUGGCAUGAGAUGCAAAAUGUUCUUGACAAAAUGGCGGAGAAGGAGGCCAAGCCUUGUGCUUUGAAGAAUCGACAAAAAUAAGCAUAUAGCGAUUAUUUUUGACAUACAAAUAAUUGUAUCUAUAAACAAAGCGUUUUAGUUUUAUUAAUGACAUUGUUACUUGCGCUGGUGCCGUAGCCGAAUGGCAUUUCUGCGACGCGAAACGAAAACGAAACGCCGCGAAAGGUAGUCUGGCUCUGUCGCGCCAAUACGCAAGAGCGAUAGAGAUAGAUAUCUACGAGCGUUUCGUUUCGUGAGCGUUUGUGCCAUUCGGCUACGUACCCUGAUCUUUUGGGAGGAUCGAUCACUGAAUGCAAAGAAGGCAAAACAUGUUUAACUACAAAUUGAAUGCGAUAAUAAAAUAUAGUCCAGUCAGUUUGCAAUUUGCAUCAUUGUUCCGUCAUCAGUGUAAUGUUUGUAUCUAUUUAGUCCUAGUAUGUGACUGGUCUCCGCUUGGCUGAUUCUGUUGCUGGCUGUAGACUGGUGAUAUAUUUAUUAAUAUAUCCUUUUUGUAUUGCAUGACUAUACCACCUAUUCUUUGGUAUACCCAUUAUAAACGUCAAAUCAAUAUGCUCUUAGAUUGAAAGAAGACAUUGUCAAAAUUACAUUACAUUAUUCUAUGAGUGCAAGUCGUUUCUAGUAUAAAAUUUUCUUUAAAUUAACGACUAAGGGGCCUACGGGUUCCUUAGUCGUGUAGUAUUUACCUUUAGGUUCCAACCAUGUUUUCAAAAUUGUAUAGUAGUGCCAGUGCGGCAUGGCGACCGGCUUUCCCGGUGCUUUUGGGGCCCCAGUACUCCCCGCCCGUUACCCUGGCGCCCAGGGCGCCUAGGGCACCCAGGGCCCCGCUGCAGGUGCCGGCGCGGCGCAUGAACCUGGGCCUCACGAGCCAGUACAGCAACAACAGAAUACCCGACCGGCUGAGAGUUAUGUACGCCAUGAAACACUACUAUGAGACUAUCCCGUUGUUCGUCGUGUGUAUCUUUGAUAUUAUCAUCGUGGUUGGGGCCAUCCUGUACGCAUGUCAAAGCCGGGUGGAGUUGCAGUUCGUCCACAAGGAGAACAACUCGAUCUCGCGCACCAUGGACAUGCGGUACCCCAAGAUCUACAAGCACAUGGUGCACCACCAGCAGUGCCCGCCCUGGCCGGAGCUGCACGAAGCGCUGGAGAAGAUGAAGGAGGCCGAGAAGCGGCUGAGGACUCGCUUGGAGUCCUGCAAUAACCCUUAGACGAAGAGGGCCUUAUUAACACGUGCGGUCGAAACGGUCACGAAAAACGCAAAUCAGUUCCAAGGCAAUAGACUCUAAUCCAAAUGAAGUAUAGUAGCUUCAGAAAUCUUAGGCGCGCAGAUAUCCGAGUUGUACGAGACCACUUUAGCCCUCAGGCCUGGUGAUGGGCCAACAUAAAAAACCGACACUCAGUCGGAAAAAAGUAAGUUGCACUAAAAGUACAAAAAAAAAUAGUAAAGAUGUAGGUCCUGUGUGAAAGCUGGAGUGUGUAGAAUCAAUAUUUAUUAUAGAGAGAAAAUUUUAUCUAGAACGAAUUUUAAACUCAUCUCGGUCAUAGUUUCGUUUAAUUAUUUUUAUAAUUGUUAAAUUUGUAAAGUUUUUUCUGUAACGCCCAAUUUUUAGGUUGUG